AUGUGCCUUCCGAUCAUCCGCUUGCGCAACGUUGACCUGAAUGCGUCUACGGUAGCUGAUGACCCCAUCAAUGCCUCCUGUACGCUGUACUCAUUCCUUCGUCCCGUUCCAACACCCACUGAGUGUGAAGCGGCAAUGGAGGUUUUCAAGUGUGCUGUGCGGUCGAAAGGGUCCUCAGGGGUUUUGUCAUGCAACAAUGCGAGGGUUGUGAAUCUCAUAAACGCUUCCGUGCAAGACGGUGUUCUUCGUAACCCACCGAAAGUAGUGCCGAGCGUCGCGCGCAGUUCACAGGUGUGGCGGACAUUUCUAAGGGGAAAACGAAGAAACGCAGGGGCCCACGGUCAGGUGGCGGAGACCGAAGCUGAAGGUUUAGGAACUGGUUCCAGCAAUAUCUUGUCAACUGGAGGAGACAAUACGCAGAUUCAAGCGGAGAGGUCUCACACGCCUUCCAUCAGAUUUGAGGGGAGUCGUGGUCACAGCCGACACGAACAUGCGGAGUCCCAAAUCGAUUCUUCUCAUGUGGAGGUGGUGAGGGAGACUGUGUCUAUGUCCGCAGCGCGCUUCAGGACUCCAUACGAACCGGUGGGUGUUGAAACAGAAGAAUAUACAGUUGCUUGUUAUUUAAGUCCAGAUACAACUCAGGAUGUUGGCAGCGACAUACGUAACGAUCGCAAGAGUGAAAUGGGGGUUGAGAACUUGAAAGAUGUAGAGAGGUCUUCAGGUACAGGUAAUGACGAAGAAUGCAUUAGCGAAUCGGAGCGGAUAUACAAGCCACAUCCUGUGUUGUCUCAUCUUCUCGAGCAAAUACGCACAACACUUCCUGUUGAAGAGGAUGAACUCGAUAGAAGAGAGAGAGAAUUUAGCACACUGAUGGAGUCAAAGGCAGCGUCACUCCACACCAAACUGGAGAGCGCUCUCUCGUCUGUUCCACCGGAGGAAACAGAGACAGUGGCAUUCUUGCAACACUUGAAGACUCGCGUAACUGUGGCGGAGAAACUCUUUCAGGUCGAAAGACACGAAGAGGAAACGAUUCAGAUUGCGCACUGUACGCUUAUGAUAGAGGUUGAAGCUAUGCGUAGGACACUUAAGGGUAUAAUGGCUCUCGUUCAGAAGGCGGAGGAACGCCUUCAACGGGAGGGGCCCCGCGCGCCGUAUCAUGCUGAGGAAUUACAUUUCAUGGCAAUGCUUCAGCGGGCUCUGGAAGGUACCGUAAACCCCUAA